AAAAAACAAAAACCAGACACGAUUAACGAACGACACACAAAAAACCGCACAUGCCUUACACGUAACAUUAACUUACCUCUUUACAUUUUCCAUUGAUUUUCAAUCAAAAUUGUUAAUUUUCUGAAACCCAUUAAGCUAUUUUGAUUCAACAAUGUCUGGUUUAGAAGAAUUGAGAAAAAAACUUACACCUUUAUUUGAUGCUGAAAAUGGUUUCUCAUCAACUUCAUCUUUUGACCCUAAUGAUUCUUACACUUUUUCAGAUGGUGGAACGGUGAAUUUGUUGAGUAGAUCAUAUGGUGUGUAUAACAUCAAUGAACUUGGAUUACAAAAGUGUUCAACUUCAAGGUCUGUUGAUGAAAGUGAUGAUAAUGAAAAAACAUAUAGAUGUGGCUCUCAUGAGAUGAGAAUUUUUGGAGCAAUUGGUAGUGGUGCUAGUAGUGUUGUUCAAAGAGCUAUGCAUAUACCAACUCAUAGGGUUAUUGCUUUGAAGAAGAUCAAUAUCUUUGAGAAGGAGAAAAGGCAGCAGCUCCUUACUGAGAUAAGGACAUUAUGCGAAGCACCUUGUUAUGAGGGUCUUGUAGAAUUUCAUGGUGCAUUUUACACUCCAGAUUCUGGACAGAUAAGCAUAGCUUUAGAGUACAUGGAUGGAGGAUCACUUGCAGAUAUUUUGCGAAUGCAUAGAACGAUACCUGAACCUAUUUUAUCGUCCAUGUUUCAGAAGCUCCUACGUGGUCUAAGUUAUCUGCACGGAGUCAGAUAUUUAGUUCACAGAGACAUAAAGCCUGCUAAUUUACUUGUAAAUCUCAAGGGGGAGCCAAAAAUUACCGAUUUUGGUAUUAGUGCUGGCUUAGAGAAUUCAGUUGCAAUGUGUGCUACAUUCGUUGGAACUGUUACAUACAUGUCACCCGAGCGAAUUAGAAAUGAAAGUUAUUCUUAUCCGGCUGAUAUUUGGAGCCUUGGUCUUGCGCUUCUCGAGUCUGGUACUGGAGAAUUCCCGUAUACAGCUAAUGAAGGUCCUGUCAAUCUUAUGUUGCAGAUCCUUGAUGAUCCAUCACCAUCACCAUCAAAAGAGAAAUUUUCACCUGAAUUCUGCUCCUUUGUUGAUGCUUGCUUACAGAAGGAUCCAGAUAAUAGGCCAACUGCAGAGCAGCUUCUUUUGCACCCCUUCAUUACAAAGUACGAGACUGCCAAGGUAGAUUUACCUGGAUUUGUUCGCAGUGUUUUUGAUCCUACACAAAGAAUGAAAGACUUGGCAGAUAUGUUGACAAUACAUUAUUACUUACUAUUUGACGGACCUGACGAUUCGUGGCAACAUACAAGGAACUUCUAUAACGAAAACUCAAUUUUCAGUUUCUCUGGGAAACAGCACAUUGGUCCUAACAAUAUCUUUACAACUCUAUCGAGUAUCCGAACAACAUUAAUCGGUGACUGGCCACCGGAAAAGUUGGUGCAUGUGGUUGAGAAGCUGCAAUGUCGAGCACACGGUGAAGACGGAGUUGCAAUAAGGGUCUCAGGAUCCUUCAUAAUUGGUAAUCAGUUUCUCAUAUGUGGAGAUGGUGUUCAAGUAGAGGGAUUACCAAACUUUAAGGAUCUUGGAAUUGAUAUUUCUAGUAAAAGAAUGGGUACAUUUCAUGAACAAUUCAUAGUGGAACCAACUAGCCAAAUUGGAUGUUACACCAUAGUUAAACAAGAACUGUACAUUAACCAAUGAUGUUACAUUAUUAUUGACCUAGCAUAUUUUGGUCAUAUUUUUCUACUAGUAAUAUACAAAGAUAAAUAUUUAAUAUCAAUUUCACUCAUCAAAUAGUGGAAUAAAAACAUAACUUUAGUUAGGUAAAUUUGUAUAGAAGGCACUUUCUUUUGUUGUGAAGAUAUUUCACUUUGCUUCUUUUUUUUAAUGUUACUGGAAUGAAAGUAUUGUGACAA